CCAAUCAAAGCCACUAUCCCGGCCGUUGUCGUCCGCCCAGCCUGCAAGGCAAAUGUCUUUGGGGCUGAGUAGGGUUCCACCUCCUGGGUUAGCCUUCUAGAUUCUGUUUACGGCUGUCCAUCUCCUUGGUGUAAUGGGUUCCAGGUAAUUUCCUCAGCGCAGUCACUCGAAGUGACCGCGCAAACAACCUACAAUCGCCACACGUACAUACGCCACGGCGUACUUAAGAAGCCAUACAUCCCAUGUAAUUCACGAAAUGUGCAAUACUGUGCAUUCACUGAGCUCCAAAGAUCAACGACUCUGGAGUUACAGCAACAACGAAGCACGUCAUGGGAUCGAAAGCCAAGGCCAAAGUCAAACCCAAAGCCCGCCGCAGCGGAGGACAUACCCAUCAGUCAUCCCCCCCACCACCACCGCCGCCUCCGGGCCCAACGCCGGAAACGAUCAAAAAACUCCAGGAUGCCGCUCUCGCCUUUUUAGGCGAUGGAGAUGGCCAGCCGCCGUGUGGAGUGUCGCAGACGCACUUGUGCACUCUUCUGAGCAGACUCGGCUAUGAGGAAAGAACACGACACGGAAGCCACGUCACGUUUGGCAAAUCGGAACAGUCCGAUUUUCCAAAUCUUGGAAAGGACAGCAUCACUCUCGUUAUGAUCCACGGGAGACGAAACAUGAAAGCCGACCGUGACAAGCUCAGGCAGUGGAGGGACGCUCUCGAGGCUGCGGGAAUAACCUGGGAGUCGAUUCAGGAAGAAUGCCGACAACAUUCAGAACGGCAAUCGCGAGCUUGA